AUGGUGCUGGAGGAUGAUACUUUCUUCAGGUGCAGUCAUUGCCCAUACAUGGGCACAAAUGAGAACACUGUACGAAGACAUGAAAUGAAGCACACUGAUACAACUGUCCACAUAGAAGGCUUGCUGGCCUCGACACAAGCAGCAAAACAUGGUUCCCCCAAGUCGUCCGUCCCGAACAGGCCGAGCGCAGAAGCCCCACGACCCGGAGGCGUCGAAGCCUUCCGCUGCUUCCACUGUCGCACCACGUUCUCUGGCGAGGGCGAAAUCGAGGCCCACUCUCAGCAGUGCACCGGCAGCGCCCCCUUCAGCUGCCACCUCUGUCCGACCACGUUUUCCCUCCUGCCCAACCUCAGGAGCCACAUCGUCGGCCACACCUCGGAUGCGGUCGGCGAAGACCAGGGCGUCCAGGCGCUCCAGAAGUCGGCGGCGGCAACGGCGGCGGCGGCAAAGUCGGCACCCCUGUUCAAGUGUGCCGAGUGCCCCAGAUAUUUUUCGAAAAAAAACGCUGGUCAUUCACAUGAGGACGCACACGGGCGAGAAGCCGUACCCGUGCGGCAUCUGUCCCAAACGGUUCAGCGUCGGCUACAAUCGGGACAGGCACAUCCGCCUCGUGCACAGCCCCUCCGCCAGGAGCCGCCGCCGAGCGGCGCGCUUCGCGUGCGGCCUCUGCGCGGCAAAGCUGCACUCGCACUACGAGUUGAUGGAGCACAUAAAGGAAAAGCACAGGGUCAAGACCGAGCCACGUGA